GGCGCACACGGACAGCCACAGCCGCUGCGACAGCGCGGGCUCCCAGCUCCCCGCAAGAAGGAACCUGGACAUGACCAGAAAGAUCUUCACAAACACCAGGGAGCGCUGGAGGCAGCAGAGCGUCAACAGUGCCUUCGCCAAGCUGAGGAAACUCAUCCCCACUCACCCUCCAGACAAGAAGCUGAGCAAAAAUGAAACGCUUCGCUUGGCAAUGAGAUACAUCAACUUCUUGGUCAAGGUCUUGGGAGAGCAAAGCCUACAGCAAACAGGAGUAGCUGCUCAGGGGAACAUUCUGGGGCUCUUUCCCCAAGGGCCCCACCUGCCAGAUGUGGAUGAAAGAACUCUACUCAAUGACCCUGGCCCAAGCCAUGAGGCUCCCUAGGGUGGCUGUGCCGGCCAGCCCCCAGGGCAGUACUGGUUGCAGAGUCCUGUGGUUUCAUGCUGCGGAGAGGUAUGACGCAGGAGGUGAUUGGGACAGAAGCUGAGAUCUGCAAAAGGACUUGAGGAAUGUUGCUCUGACCUCAUUACCUCAGAACUUCAGGCAGAAUGACUUGUUCUAUAAGUUUGCACGAGACCAUUGCAAAAAAACAAAACAACCAUCUUUUUAAAGCUGCCAUCUCACUCAUGACUUCAGUAAUGACGAUUUCCUUCUAUUGGAUGUCUGAUGAAUGAGCAAAGCUUGUUGCCCUCUGAAUAUAUUUAAAAGUUUGCGUUGAAAAAGGAGACAUGUCUAUUGAGGGUAAAUACAAGAAAUCUUAAGAUUGAUGAAUGAAAAGGUAGCCACGGUGGAAAGGAACACAAGAGAGGUGUGGGAGUCAUCUCUGGAGGGAUGUCCCUUCAGAGCAGAGCAGUGAGGAUUAUGUGUGUGAAAGUCUCCAUAUCCUUCGACCUCUAUAGAAUCAUGAUCUUCUACUUUAGUUGAACCUCUGAAACCAAAUAGUGGAUUGCAUUCAUUCCAGGAAAAACCUUGGUAAUUUAGAAGCUAGACUUCAUAGUUUUCUUAUUAAAAGUUAGCUAAAAUGAGUGAGCAGACCACUUAGAUUGACACAUUGGGUACUAAAACAUUUAAUUCAGCCCACAUUCCUUCCAACUUAAGUCCUGUACAAUUCGAUAAUUAUGAAAACCCAAAUAUUGCCAUUUUCUAUUUUGUUGAGAGCAAACAAUAGAAAUAAAGGAGCAGAAGCUAAUGACCUCGUGCAUUUAGCUUCACUUCCUGCCUCCCAGGGACCAUCAGCUGGGUCUUAAGCUGGAGGCACGGGUGGAGCCCUGUGGAUGCUCCAGUCAUCACCACACACCAUUCUGGGCCUCACGGUACUUGGAUUCAAAGAUAAAUCUGGUAGCUGAGCCCCAAAUGCAGAUGUCUAUCUCUGGGACAUUUUAUUUCCCCAGAGUUCUUUUGGCUUUUAUGAUCUUCUAAAUCACAGGUGGGAAAUCUAUGUAUUGUGGUUAUGAAUUUCCAGUGUCUAUACAAUAUAGGACUUUAAACUUCUUGUCUCUCUAGAAAGUAUUAGAGUAACUGCAUCAUUAAGGUCGUUUUAGCCGACACACUUGUAGGACAACGGGUUUCCCUCUAAGUCCUUUAUUUAAUCCCCACUAGAUCAAUUUCCCCACAGAAACAGCAUAGCUUUUGGAGACUGGUAAGCACGGAGGCUGGCCAAGUCCUUCCUUCCACCCGAGAUGUGUAUACCAUUCUCACCAUUUUGGGGAAGUUCAAGGUUGUCCCCAAAUUGCCAGGCAGUGGGACAUUUCAAAGUUUUUAUGGUAAAUGUCAACUAAGUAACACUACCCUCUCAUCUGGUACAUUAAAUAAAAUAUGUCUGACAGUGACUUUGUUUUUACAUAGGUUCUGUGAAUAUGAAGAAAGCAGAGAGGUCCUCUGUCUCUAAAUGCAACAUUUUUGUGCUCUAUACAGUACAUACUCACUUUCCUGAUUGUUGGAGCUCUUGUCUGUGCUCAGCUGGGGGCCUCCCACUGAAAUGCUUACAGGGACCCCAAAAAGAUGUAAAGAAGCUGAGUCAUCAUUACAGUAAAUGGGGGGAGAUACUUAAAGAAGCCCGAGAGGAAAUCCUUUCAUAGAUGAAUAAACCUCUACAAUGUUAUUUUAUGUGAUGUACUCCUUACAAUAUUUGUUCAGCUUUAAUUUUCCUGUAUCAAGUUGAAUUAAAUUAACAUGAUUGUCAAACAAGCACACAAAACAAAACAAAACAAAAAAGAACUGUAAUCACAUGUAGUCCAAAACCUAGUGAGGAUAUGUGUGAGAAUGGAAGCUAAUUCAAAAUUCCCUCUACGGUUUCCUUUGGUGGUCCUAGUCAUAAGACUUCAUAGUUCAAAUGUGUUGCUGUCUGCGGGUGCUACUUCUGUUUAUGGACCAUUUGAGUCUAACAGAAGAGUUAAGCCAAAUUUUCUAAUUCUGCCUGUCUGUUCCUUGAACUAAAGUGAGCAUUUGGUCUGCUUUGGACAGUAAUGGAAAUGUGUAGAAACCAUAUUCAAGCAGGGCCUUGCUUUAUAUGGACUGUGUUGCUCCAUUUCACAGAGAAGAAAACAGGCCUGUCUCAUGGGCCAUCAGUGGAAACCUAGGACACAGAUGCCAGUCUCCUGAUCCUCUCUCUAGCCUGUCCAUAGCAUUCACCAGUCACUGUGUGUUGAGAUUGAAAAGGAACAAGCGCCUUAUCAUUAUGUUAACCUUUCCCCCAAAGCAUUUAGUGAUCUUCAUAUGCUCUUUUGUGAUAUGAAAUUAUCCUGCUCUGUAGAAUGUGAGUAGCUGUGUUAACCAAAGAUUUUUAUCUGUUGAUGCAUUUUGUGAGUUCUUAACCAUUGAUAAUACUUUGCUAUUUAACUGUUAACUUAUUACAAAUAAAUUAUUUAAGAAAA